GCCAAAUCCCAGACCUCAAGAGAAAGAUUAAGCAAAGUUGUCAAGAAAAUGAAGGCAGGACCCCUUGAGCUUGGUCAGGCUUCCAGAGAUGCUUCAGCCCCAAAGCAAGGGGUUAAUAGAUGUAUCUCCAUACUAGACUUCAUUCUGCGAAUUGUAGGAAUAAUUGGCACGCUAGGAAGCACGAUUGCCAUGGGAACAACCAAUGAAACGCUUCCGUUUUUCACUCAGUUCAUCCGAUUCAAGGCCAGUUAUGACGAUCUCCCAACUUUCAUGUUCUUUGUGAUUGCAAAUUCGAUAGUGAGCGCAUAUCUUGUUCUCUUUCUCCCUCUAUCGAUAUUCCACAUUGUUCGGAGUGGAGCAACCAACAGUAGGGUUAUCUUGAUCCUCUUUGACACAGUAAUGCUGGCUCUUCUCACUGCUGGGGCUUCUGCAGCAGCAGCCAUUGUCUACUUAGCGCACAAAGGGAAUUCCAGUGCCAAUUGGUUUGCAAUAUGCCAGCAGUUCAACUCCUUCUGCGAACGCAUUUCGGGUUCUUUGAUCGGCUCUUUUGGUGGGAUCAUUGUGCUUAUUUUACUCAUCAUUUUGUCAGCUGUGGCAAUCUCUAGAGGCCAAGUAAUGUGCAGAUGCAUGCAAGAAUAAUGUAUGCAGCUUGGGAAGGUUGCUUAUGGAGCGUCUUUUUGUGUUUGUCUAUUAAUUCUCUGGCUGCAACUCUCUUUAUAUCAGUGCUCUGAGGUGUUGCAUUUGUCAUUUCCCCAAAAACAAAGAAGUGUUGUGCUUGUUUUCUUUCAAUACAAACAGAAUGUUAUCGUCUCUUCAGCCAACCAAUGAUUUACCUAAAUAAAGAGUAAUCUCAUCAGUUACUUUUCCCUC